CAUGCAGAUGCAGGAUUGCAGCGCCACCUGGUGAAUUAUCCAUGUGGAAUGUGCAAGGACGAUGUUAAUCAAGCGGCACACAAUCUGUUUCUUUGAUCGUCUACUAACUCUAGUCGUAGCCUCGGUUUUUGUCUUAUCUUAUAAUAAACAAACACACUAGCAGCCCAUAAUUUCUUCUAAGACGAUAGAUCUGGAUUCACGUUUGGGUUAAAAAACACUAAUUUAAGUAGAUCAAGUAAUCUAAUUUGGACGCCAACCCCACCAACCAAUUCUAGGGUCGCUCUUCUUUCUCACGCCACACUUGCUUGCUGGUAAUAUUUUGGUUCCUUGACAAGUAGCCUACCACAACCCAUAUGACCUUUCCACAAUUUGCAGAAAGGACAAUGUCCAACACAAGACUCCAAAAUGAUGCCAAUUUCUCUCUGAACAUGGUGAGGUUCCUCCAUUACGACUUUCGCAUAAUUAUUUCAAAAUGGGAAUCAAAACCUGUCCCCGUCAUGUCGUAGCAUUUGUUAACCAAAACAACUAAUUUUCAAAUUUCUCGCCCAUUUUUUCCUAUAUAACUUCAACACCAUCCUCAAGAGAAUAUAGAAACGUAGUUUCAUUGCUGCCUAUUUGCUUCCAAUUUAGCACUUCUGUUUCAGGUGUGUCAGGUUUUAAGAAGUGUCAUCUAUGGCAGAUAGUACUGGUGAUACCUUUCAACUUAGUGUUAAGCAGAAUGAACCAAGUCUGGUUCCUCCUGCAGAGGAAACACAGAAGGGUCUGUAUUUCCUCUCUAACCUUGACCAGAACAUUGCAGUGAUAGUUCGUACUAUUUACUGCUUUAAGUCUGAUGUGAAAGGAAAUGAGGAUGCAGUUGAAGUUAUUAAGGAUGCUUUGUCAAAAGUUCUUGUUCACUACUAUCCUAUUGCUGGGCGGUUAACAAUCAGCUCAGAAGGGAAGCUGAUAGUGGACUGCACUGGGGAGGGUGCUGUUUUUGUUGAAGCUGAAGCAAACUGUUCCAUAACUGAGAUAGGAGACACCACAAAGCCUGACCCUGUCACACUUGGGAAGUUGGUUUAUGAUAUUCCGGGUGCACAGAACAUACUUCAGAUGCCUCCUCUUGUGGUUCAGGUGACGAGGUUCAAUUGUGGAGGAUUUGUUCUUGGACUAUGCAUGAACCACUGUAUGUUCGAUGGAAUUGGUGCCAUGGAAUUUGUGAAUUCGUGGGGUGAAACUGCCAGGGGCUUGCCCCUGAAGGUCCCUCCAUUUCUAGAUAGAAGCAUACUCAAAGCCAGAAACCCCCCUAAGACAGAGUUUCCACACCAUGAAUUUGCUGAGAUUGAAGAUGUAUCAAAUACCAGCAAACUUUAUGAAGAAGAAAUGCUUUUUAGAUCGUUCUGUUUUGAUCCUGAGAAGCUUGAACAACUCAAGAGAAAAGCCUUGGAAGAUGGAGUUCUAGCCAAAUGCACUACAUUUGAAGCUCUUUCAGCCUUUGUUUGGAGAGCCCGAUGUCAGGCAUUAAGGAUGCUUCCUGAUCAACAAACAAAAUUGUUGUUUGCUGUAGAUGGACGGUCUAGAUUUGUGCCCCCAAUACCUGAGGGGUACUUUGGCAAUGGAAUUGUGUUAACAAAUUCUUUGUGUAAAGCGGGGGAGUUACAGAACAAUCCUCUGUCAUUUGCAGUAGGAUUAGUUCACAAGGCAGUUAAUUUGGUUAAUGACAGUUAUAUGAGAUCAGCUAUAGACUACUUUGAAGUUACAAGAGCUAGACCUUCUCUGGCUGCUACUCUUUUAAUCACGACUUGGUCCAGGCUAUCCUUCCACACUACAGACUUCGGGUAUGGGGAGCCUAUUUUAUCAGGGCCUGUUGCUUUGCCUGAGAAGGAAGUAAUUCUUUUCCUUUCUCAUGGGGAAGAGAGAAAAAGUAUAAAUGUUCUUCUGGGUUUGCCAGCUUCUGCCAUGAAAAUCUUCGAAGAACUAAUGCAGAUCUGAAUGCUGUGCAGAUUCAAGUUUCCUUCUCCUCGGUCUUGCACUUGUACCUCAAUUUCUACGUCAGUGGUCUCGAGUCCCAUACUUUGAUGAUAAAGCAUAGGUGUAGUUUCUUGAUCUGCUAUAUUUUGCUGCUGCCUUAUUUUAAUGGAUUAUUUGUAUUGUGUUGUC